AUGUAUUUUUCGUGUAAACUAUAUCAUGUCCUACUUACAGUUGCUGGAAGUUUUUCAUUAAGUUAUGGAUUAGAGAUACCUAAUGAAUUUCAGAAUUCAAACCACUCUAACAAUUGGGCAGUUUUAGUAGAUACUUCACGGUUUUGGUUUAAUUACCGUCAUGUAGCGAAUGUCUUAUCUAUUUACCGGAGUGUGAAGAGGCUGGGCAUACCCGAUAGUCAAAUUAUCUUAAUGAUAUCCGAUGAUAUGGCCUGUAACCCGAGGAACCCGCGCCCAGCCACAAUUUUUAAUAAUGCUCAUGAACAAAUAAAUGUAUACGGAGAUGAUGUUGAAGUAGACUAUAGAGGUUAUGAGGUCUCUGUAGAAAAUUUUGUAAGGCUUCUUACAGGUAGAGUUCCGCCUGACACCCCUCGCUCUAAGAGAUUACUGACCGAUGAAGGUAGCAAUAUAUUGAUCUACUUAACCGGUCAUGGAGGUGAUGGAUUCCUUAAGUUUCAAGACUCUGAGGAAAUUACUAGUCAAGAGUUAGCUGAUGCUCUAGAGCAAAUGUGGCAAAAGAGGAGGUACAAUGAGAUAUUCUUUCUCAUAGACACUUGCCAGGCUUCAUCCAUGUAUGAGAAGUUUUAUUCUCCAAAUAUAUUAGCCACUGCUUCCAGUUUAGUAGGAGAAGAUUCACUAUCUCACCAUGUAGAUUCUGCUAUCGGUGUAUAUAUAAUAGACAGAUACACAUAUUAUGUUCUGGAGUUUUUGGAAAAUGUGCAUCCUAACAGUAAAAGGACAAUGUCAGAAUUUUUUGCAGUAUGUCCAAAGAGCGCCUGCAUAUCAACAGUAGGAGUUCGUCGAGAUUUAUUUAAAAGAGAUCCAAGCAAAGUGCCCAUCACUGAUUUCUUUGGAUCAGUUCGAAAAGUUAUAAUUACUACUGAUCCUAUUGAUAUACUCGAAAUACCUAAAAGGAAGAGGAAGGCUGAGAACAAAACUAAGGUGAUAGAGAAAAGGGAAUACCUACCUCAAUUCCCAAUGCAUUUAGUACAAUCUACAGUAUAG